CGCACCCCACCGCCCCUGAUCCCACCGCUCUAGACCGCCACAGCUCCCGAGCCCCGAUUCAUUGGCCGCCCCACGAUGCCCAAGCUCACGUCGACCCUGCUCACCCUCUCGGCCCUGCUCGCCGCCCUCGCCCCCGUGCCCGUCUCCGCCCACGGCUACGUCCGCAAGGUCGCGAUCGACGGCCACUUCUACGCCGGCAACUCGCCCAACAACGAGACGAUCGUCGCGUCCCCCAUCCGGCGCAUCGACGACCCGUCCCCGAUCAAGGGCGCCGCCAACGCCGCCGUCAACUGCGGCAAGAACGCCGCGAUCGCCCCCGUCGUCGCCCCCGCCAACCCGGGCAGCAUGCUCACCUUCGACUGGGCCGGCGGCGACGACGGCAACUGGCCGCACAACACCGGUCCCAUGCUCACCUACAUGGCCUCGUGCGGAAACACGACGUGCGACAGGUUCGACUCGGCGAACGCGUCCUGGUUCAAGAUCGACGAGGUCGGCAAGAAACCCGACAACCACACCUGGUUCCAGGCCGACCUCAUGCAAGGCCUCACGCACACCGUCCAGCUGCCCUCCGCGCUCUCCGCCGGCGACUACCUCGUCCGGCACGAGAUCAUCGCCCUCCACCUCGCCACCUCCAAGGGCGGCGCCGAGUUCUACGCGUCCUGCACCCAGCUCCGCGUCGGCGGGAACGGCACCGCCUCCCCGGCCUCGCUACCCGAGGGGGAGGUGGUGAAGCUCCCCGGCGCGUAUAAGGACACCGACCCGGGCAUCUUCGACCCGACCGUGUUCGACACCGGCGCGAACUACACGUUCCCCGGGCCGGACGUCGCGAAGGGGCUCGCGGCGGGCGCGAGCGCGAUCACCGCCCCGUCCAACUCGACCGCCAGCGGGCGCGAGCCCACCGUCGCCUCCGUCUCGUCCUCUGCCUCCUCCUCUGCAUCGUCGACGAAGAGCACGAAGACGGCGUCGUCGUCGUCAUCGUCCGAGACGAUGGCCCACUCGGCUCGCGCGCAGCGGUACUAUCCUCGCCGCGUGUCGCGCGUGAUGCGCGACUUGGUCGACUUUGACACCGACGGCCCGAUCAUCGCCGACCUCAAGUGGUGAACGCCGUCUUACCUCGUCGAUCCAGCCCUCACGCUCUCUCCAUGUCCCGGUCACGAACCC